AUCGCAUGUGUUUUUGUUAAAAACAACGUGUUAUUAUUUCGGUGUAUAAAAUUAUUAAAACAUUUAACAUUAAUAUUAAUAUCACUUUCCAUUAGAAGCUAGAUAGUUGUGUUGUGGUUAGUUUUGUCUCAACAAAGAUUAUGGCGGGUGAAACAGAAGAGGCCGCCCAAAUCCAAGUUCGAUUUAUUACUAAACAAGAACAGUAUGCGAUCCCUGAUAUUCCAAUAGCUAUCCAGACCAAUGUUCAAACAUCAGACUUGAGUACUUUAGUGAAUGGUUUACUGAAAGAAUCCAACUCAGCAGUUCAGAAAGCGAUAGAUUUUGAUUUUCUAAUAUCUGGAGAACUACUACGCACGUCUGUUUCGGAACAUCUUCAAGAGAGAAGUGUUUCAACGGAGGAAACUUUAGAAGUUGAAUAUAUAGAACGGUUUCCCGCGCCAAGUCCUCAAGAUUGCUUGAUGCACGAUGAUUGGGUAUCAGCAGUUGAUACACAUGGAAAUUGGAUCCUCUCCGGAAGCUAUGACAACAGCCUCCACAUAUGGACCUCUAAAGGGCAACAUAAGCUUGCCAUCCCAGGCCAUACAUCACCAGUAAAAGCAGUUGCUUGGGUUUCUGUCACUGGAGAUCAGGCAGUCUUUGCAAGUGGAUCUCACGAUCAAUCGACCAUGCUCUGGGUGUGGAAUGUGUCCACAAACUCCGUAGACUGCGUGGUCACUUGUCGUGGCCAUGAUAAGGGGGUGGAGUGUCUCGCUGUGUCUGCAGAUGCAAAACGUUUGGCGACAGGCAGCUGGGACACUAAUGUGUGUCUUUGGAGUGCGAGUCUAUCUGAUGAAGACAAUGUACCAUCAAAAAAGAAAAGCAAACCAGAGCAGGGCAGUUCAAGAGAACAACUUACGACACUUAAAGGUCAUCGAGAGGCUGUAUCUGGUAUCAAAUGGAUAGAUUUCAACACAGUGGUAUCUAGUGGGUGGGAUCACUUGAUCAAAAUAUGGGAUUGUGAACUUGGCGGGAUUAAACAGGAUAUUGCGGGAAACAAAGCAUUCUUUGACCUAGAUUGGUCGCCGCUCAACAACAGCAUCAUUACAGCUUCAGCCGAUAGACAUGUUCGCCUCUACGAUCCUAGAUCUUCAGAGAGUCUCGUAAAAACAACAUACACAUCGCACACGGGCUGGGUGCAAGCGGUGCGCUGGUCCACUACAAGCGAAACUAUGUUUUUGUCCGCUGGCUAUGACGGACAAGUGAAACUGUGGGAGACUAGGAGUCCAAAAACCCCGCUAUACGAUUUGACGGGGCACGAAGAUAAAGUGCUAUGCUGCAACUGGUCGAACCCGGCUCUACUCGUUAGCGGCUCGUGUGACAACACCCUUAGGAUAUUUAAGGCGAAGCACGCACUGGCUAGCUAAAUGUAUGGGAAUAAAGGUUAUAUGUGGUAAA